AUGUCCCGCAAGGCCGGCGACAAUGUGGAGUACACGCUGCGGAGCCUGAGCAACCUGAUGGGCGAGAAGCGGCGGCGGCAGGCGGAGGGGGCCGCCGGCUCGGGCGCGGCGGCGGCGGGCGAGCGCAGCCUGAUCGCCGCCGAGUCGUGCUCCAGCCUGAACAGCGCGGCGUCGGGCGCGGAGCUGGAGCGGGCGGCGCGGCGGCAGUUCCAGCGGGACGAGACGCCCGGCUUCGUCUACGUGGUGUCCGUAUUCUCCGCCCUCGGGGGCUUCCUCUUCGGCUACGACACCGGCGUGGUGUCGGGGGCCCUGCUGCUCCUCAAGCGGGAGCUGAACCUGGACGCGCUGUGGCAGGAGCUGCUGGUCUCCGGCACGGUGGGCGCCGCUGCGCUGUCCGCUCUGGCUGGCGGCGUCCUCAACGGGCUGUGCGGCCGCCGGCCCUGCAUCCUGCUGGCCAGCGGCCUCUUCACGGCCGGGGCCGGCGUGCUGGCGGCCGCCCGCGACAAGGAGACGCUGCUGGGGGGCCGCGUGGUGGUGGGACUGGGCAUCGGUGUAGCAUCUAUGACAGUGCCUGUGUACAUCGCAGAAGUUGCUCCGCCGCACUUAAGAGGCAGAUUAGUCACCAUUAACACCCUGUUCAUCACUGGAGGGCAGUUUUUUGCAAGCGUCGUGGAUGGACUGUUCAGCUACCUCGUGAAGGAUGGAUGGAGGUACAUGUUGGGGCUGUCAGCUGUGCCAGCAGUUAUACAGUUUUUUGGUUUCCUGUUUCUCCCUGAAAGCCCCCGCUGGCUGAUUCAGAAAGGCCAGACUCAGAGAGCAAGGAGGAUUCUGUCUCAGAUGCGUGGCAACCAGGCAAUCGAUGAGGAGUAUGACAGUAUCAAAAACAACAUUGAAGAAGAAGAAAAAGAAGUUGGAGCAGCUGGACCUGUGAUCUGCAGAAUGCUAACAUACCCUCCAACUCGAAGAGCCUUAAUUGUGGGUUGUGGUCUGCAGAUGUUUCAACAACUGUCAGGGAUUAACACCGUCAUGUACUACAGUGCGACCAUCCUGCAGAUGUCAGGGGUUGAGGAUGACAGGCUGGCCAUCUGGCUGGCUGCCCUCACAGCCUUCAUCAACUUCAUCUUCACUCUGGUGGGAGUCUGGCUCGUUGAGAGGAUGGGCCGCCGGAAGCUGACACUGGGCAGCUUAGCAGGCACUGCUGUAGCACUCAUUAUCCUAGCUUCGGGAUUUUUGCUGUCAGCUCAGGUCUCGCCAAGAGUCACACUUAAUCCACCAGAUCCUUCACAUCAAAACUCUACCUGCACAAAAUACAGUUACUGUAAUGGAUGUAUGUUAGAUCCGGACUGUGGUCUCUGCUACAAACUGAAUAAAUCAAGUGUUGUUGAGUCCUCAUGCAUCCCUGUUGACAAACAUUCGACGAUGAAAGCCGCUUGGGGCAGGUGUUCAAAUGAAACCAUAUUCAAAAAAGAAGAUUUGUUUUGGGCAUAUAAUUUCUGCCCCACCCCAUACUCCUGGACAGCACUUCUGGGCCUUAUUUUAUACUUGGUUUUCUUUGCACCUGGGAUGGGUCCCAUGCCCUGGACCGUGAAUUCUGAAAUCUACCCUCUGUGGGCUAGAAGUACAGGAAACGCGUGUUCAUCUGGAGUCAACUGGGUUUUCAACGUGCUGGUGUCACUGACCUUCCUGCAUACAGCUGAAUAUCUGACCUACUAUGGAGCCUUCUUUCUGUACGCAGGGUUUGCUGGCCUGGGACUCCUUUUCAUCUAUGGCUGCCUUCCUGAGACUAAAGGGAAAAAACUAGAGGAAAUUGAAUCUUUGUUUGAAAGCAGGCUAUGUACAUGUGGUAUGUCAGAUUCUGAUGAAGGGAGGUAUAUUGAAUAUAUUCGGGUGAAGGGAAGUAAUUACCAUCUUUCUGACAAUGAUGCUUCUGAUGUGGAAUAAUUUUCAGCUGCUAAUGUAUUUAAUCAUGUAAAAGCCUUCUGGGGGAAAAGCAGCUCUCUGGUGACCUCACUGCCCUGCUUCUGGUCUGGUUCUCCUUUCUGCUGUCUAGUUAAAAAUGCCUUCGUGUUCAAAAUGGCUCAGUUUGGGAGGAAAUUCAAUAUGCUCAUGUUUUCUUGAUAACUAAAAGCAAUGGCUUCCAAAAGAGAUUGAAUUCCACAAUUAUAUGAAUUAACCAGAUGUUUGCAAUCCCACACCAUGCUGAGAUAUUUUGCAUGAUGUACUGUGCCAGAUGAAUGUAGAAGGCUAUCCUAGGUGGUCAGUGGUUGUCCUUAUCUUCAAUACUGGCAAAAGUUGAAGCAAUGUUGUAGCUAGUCAGAAAGCAGCUGACAUCAGUCAGAUCCCCAGCUCUUAGCAGUCUAUCAGACAGCUCUUGUAUGCCACACAACAAAGGUUGCUGCUGCACUGGUAGCCAUUUGAAAGGAUUACAUGUAUCUCCUGUGUCUGUCAGAGGGAACCUUGUCCAAAUUAUCCCAAUGGAAUUUCAUUUGUAUUCAUUUGAGAUGACUGCAGAGAGCCAUGGUCACCCAGGUGGUGCCUCAUCAGGGCGCCACGAGUCUGUUGUCCCAGGUUGUGUUGCGGUUGCUGCUCUUUACGGACACGCUGCAGUCAGCAGCUCGUGUCUGUGAGAUCCACUGCCAGAACAACAUUCUGAGAGCAGGAAACAGAACCCAGGACAUGGCUGCAUGUACCAGUGAGCUGGUGGUGUGCACUGCUGCGGACAAGAGAGAGGCUACAGUCAGUUGGAAACCAAUGAUUUUUUUUCUCCUUUUCAGCAUGUGUACAUUUGGCUUUGUGCCUAGUUUUGAACACAAAAUAUCACGAGCUGGAAGAAAUAAAAGGAAGGGAGAGGUUUUCUGCUGCUAAAUGCACAGUGGUCAUUCCUCCUGUGCCUUUUGCUAAUGAAUAAUCAAAUUGCCUUCAGUUUAUCUUCCUAUUGCAGGGUGAGUGAAUCCCAGCAAAUUUUUCCUUCAAAUGCCCUUAGUCAACCCGUGUCUUUCUGGAUCAAAAGAAAAAUAUUAGUGAUGGGCAGAAGCCUACAUCUCAUAUUAACUGCCUUACUGAAGCAUUGCAAAAUUGUCAAGAAACCGUCAGGCACAAAAAUCAAGUUGGCUGCCUUUAGUGUGGUAAUGAAAAUAUUAAUGGCGUUUUAUUCACCUGCCGUGAUUGCCUGCCUUGGCAAAUUGAAUUUUAUGCAGCUACAUAAAAGUGUAAUAUUAUUUUUUUUCCUUGCCCUGUUUCUUUCCACGGCUUUAAUUCUUCGGAGGUAUGAGUUUGAAAGCAUAAAAAAUUCAAAUUCUUAUCUCUAAAACCUUUGCUUCAUGAAUGUGGAAAGCCUCCUCUGCCUGUCGGCUGCUCCCCAUUUGCUUGGUAAAAAUGCAUUUAUUUUUCAUUGUUUACGGAUUAAAGAAGUUGUUGGAUCCACUACCUUUUAGAGAUACACUUUGUGGGCUCUUUUUGGAUUGAAAAAUAUUUUGAGUGUAAAGGAACUGUCAAAAUGAUAGUGAACAUUUGUUACUAAGUUAUUUUUAUUGGAUAAUAUGUGGAGUUUUCGUUGUAAUCAUGAAAUAUGAUGCUAUGCUGUCUGAUCUUACACAGGAGAGGUUUCUUACUCUCUAAUUAGUGAAAUUCAAUGAUUGGAUGUAUUUUAGGUUAUUUUCUUUUUUACUUCAUAAAUCAAAGAAAUAUUUUUGGAAAGAAAAUAUUUUAGAGCAUCCUUCUGUAACUUGACUGGGAAUAAAAGGGAAAAGCAUAGCAAACAGAGGGAGAGGUGAGUUACUGCAAAGAGCAGACUGACCUCAAACCUCUGAGGGGCGGUGACAGCGCUGCAUCCCAAUCCUCCAGCCUCCUUCCCUCUCUGUGAGCGCACAAUAUUCCCAGGCUUGUAAGCACCAGCAGCAGGAAAGGACCGGCUCUCCGACCCUUUAUCUGAAUGCAUCAGUUUCAGACCAGCCGUUGGGCUGCUGCCGCUUCAAAGCCUCGCCAAAGGUGCAGUACCUGAAAUGAGAGAAAGGGACGCUUCUCACAGGUGAAGUUCAGGGUGAAUUGGUUUCCUUCUGAAGCCAAAAAAUAGCUGCUGGAAGACCCUUCUUCAGAGCAGGUUGUUAUCCAGAGCAGUGUGAAUAGGUGCCUACUGCCCAAUGUGUGCACGUUGGGAUGCUGCACAAAGACAGACUGAGGCAGGUAUUUCCUGGUUUUUCAGGACAAGGACUUAUGGCUCUGAUCUCCAGAAGUGUGAGCCCAAGGUCCCUUGAUGGAAGCACUGGAACUGGGAGCACUGGUUUGUGCUCCCAGUUCCAGCACUUACCUCCAUGUCCACAGGUAGAGGAAACAGCAGCACUUUGGUGGCAUAACCAAAGUGAAGUUCCUAUGAAAACUGCUGUCACGAGAUUAGCCUCUUUCUUUUCUUGCAGGCAGUGCUGGGACUUUUUAGCAGCAGAAGACAACCUCUCUUUGCCAGCGUUGUUUCCUGGACGUUCUCAGAAGUGGCAUUCGGUUGUGUGCAGCGCUAGGUUAUUUCCCACACUACAAUUCAGUCUCUCUUAGAGCAGUUUUCUGAAGUUUUACAUCCUGGGCCCUUUUUCUUGAGGCAAAGUGAUUGAAUCACAAGCAUCUUGUUUAUUGUCACUACUUCUUAUGAGGAUGCAAAAUAUAUUGGCUUCUUUGCUGUCAAUCCCCUUUCCUACCCACAGAGUUGGGUUUUAGUCUUCCUCUUAAGGUUGCUUUACACAAAGGAAACAUUCCACACCUUAUUAACCCCGGACCUACUACCAAGCAUCAUGUAUCUUAAAAGUGAGAUCAAAUACUUGAAAUUAAUCUUACAUAAUUAGGGCAAUUAGGGUUUUAUUUUUAGAAUCUGUGAACAUUUAUAAUGUAUGAAGAUAAUUAAACAGAUGUUUCUAUUUUGCAAAGAUUUUUAUAUCUGUGCUUAUUUUAAGUUUUAAGAAUUUUUGCUAAGGGUAGUGCUAGUGACAUUCCAGACAGAAGAAUACAAA